CUUGUGUCUUGUGUCGUUUGACGGGAUCCCAGUGGCGGCGCUUCCACGAUGCCUUUUCCCGAGUUAUAAUUAGAGGGCGGCCAUUCAUUUGGCUUUACCUGAAAUCCCGAUACACGCGGAUCGCGGUUUCGCGCUCGUUACCCGGCUCGCUUUCCCGCCGAGAAUCGGAUAUCCGUCGUCGCACACGCUCCCUUCCUCGCCCUUUUCCUUCUUUCGAUUUCCGCCGGACUCGAUUAUCCGCGAACGCCCCCACCCAGAUUUCUCUUCUUUCCCGCGAUUGUGAACGCUCUCAACUCAAGUGUGAAAGACAACAAAUCCAAGUUUUUUCCUAUCUUCGUUUUAUUUAAUUUUAUUUUUAUGUAUUUAUUUAAUUUUUUUUUGCUAGUUACCUGCCUACACCAGAAUUCGUCCUCUGAGCGUGUUUUGUAAACUCGUCCUCUAAUCUAGGAAAACUAGGCGAAAGAUCCCAAUCAGAAGGCCUGACCAAAAUGACCAUGCUGCAGUUUCAUCCUUGCGACAACAAACGGUUCAUUCCCUUCACAGUACCGUGUGUGGCCGCUUAAAACGGUUUAGAAUAAGUGGAAGUUUCAACUGUGGAUGAUUUGAUGGAGAGAGAUUUCGACGAGGUAGAGCUGCUGCCGGCAAACCUGACAGUGUGCUCCCAUGAGGAAGAACACUGGUUUCGCGACAAUUCCCGGCAAAUAAUUCAACGGUUCCUCGUUCCUUUUGUAGUGGCUGUGGGAGUCAUGGGAAACCUCAUAACGAUCCUUGUUCUCACCAGACGCCGAAUGAGCAGCUCAACGAAUAAUUACCUCUCUGCUCUAGCAGUCGCUGAUCUCCUGUACCUCCUUUUCCACUUCACACUGUCGCUCAAGCACUAUCCAGGGAUGAACGCCCCGGAUAAAAUCAUUUACUGGACGUACAGGCCGUAUGUCCUGUGGCUCACAGAUGCAACCAAUGCAGCUUCGAUUUGGUUGACUGUGUCGUUUACUUUGGAGCGUUACAUUGCUGUUUGCCAUCCUCUACGGGGACGAAUGUCAUGUACAGAAUCACGAGCAAGAAAAGUUAUAGUAAUGGUUUUUGUACUGUGUCUUCUGCUCACGGCAAGCACUCCGUUUGAACAUUUGGUCAGUGUCUGCCUGAACAGCAAUGGUACCAAGGAGCUGUAUUUGGCAGCGACAACACUAGCUCAAAACAAACACUACCGAUCAUUCUACUUCUCGUUUACCACCAUUGUGAUGAUUUUCAUUCCAAUCUUCCUUCUCGGCAUCUGUAAUAUAUUCCUAGUCAGUGCUGUUCACCGGAGUAAAUCAAAGCGCCCGGAUUUAACUCAGGAUCGAGGACACAGCAACUAUCGUCAAAAUCAAGAAAACAAGAUAACAUUAACCUUAGUGAUGGUGGUGAGUUUGUUCAUCAUCUGCCAAGCGCCGACAGCCAUUCUUCUCAUCUACCAGAUUUUUGUGCGCAACAAGCCGAACUCCAAUGCUUUCAACAUAGAGUUAGGUCUAGGUAACAUUUUUAAUUUUCUCGUCUGUGUUAACUCCGCGAGCAAUUUCAUUCUCUACUGCAUCAUGAGUGACAAAUAUAGGAGGACUCUUAUGAUGACACUGGUGCCGUGUUUAGCAAAAACGAAGAAGUCUCGUACUUUUUCCUCUUUAGCCAGUUUUCGCAACUCAACUCGGCACAAUCAUUCAACCUGCUCGUAAGAGUGGCUGUUUGAUUUGAAUCCAUGUGCGCAUGGAUCAUAACAAAGAUCUCAUCUCAGCUGGAAAACUCCACUGCCAAAGAAAUAAUCUGUAUGGCGCAAUAAUUCCGAGAGUUUCUUGAGAGUAAUCUCGCAACUUGCUACGAUCAAAGCAUAGCAAUUUGCAGUGCUGAUUUCAAACAAUGUAUGGAAAAUAGCCUUUUUAGGAAACAGCACAGUCUGUGAAAGUUAUUUAUCACGUGAUACUGUUUCUUUUGUAUUUUGAAAGUAUUAUGGCUACCAACUGAACAAUGAAAAUUAAAAACGUUUUAUUGCUUUCAGGUGUUGCCUAGAUUGUACAUAGUGUUCAUUAUAAAAGAAAUUUAAUGCCUUUGAUUUGCUACAUUUUCUGUAAGUUUUGGUCUGAAACUCAAUCAUCAGAAUAAUUGGAAUACUCAGGAUAUUUUGAUAACAGUGCAAACAUAUACAGUAGUUACGAAAUAUUGAAAAAUCCUUUAUCAGUCAUUGAAAACCCCCAAGGUUUUCAUGAGGGUGAAGAAUGCUACCUGCAAAUAACACUACCCCUGACUACUAAGUAGCUGCUUUUAUUGGACUAUAGAUUUUUUUCAAAAGUUAUGAUUAUCUGACGGUAGAACUAUGAUUGAAGGACUUUUAGAGUAAGAAUUAAUUUUUCAGGGUUUCAAAAAAUAUAAAGAGGAGAUUUUACUGCAUCCAGUAUAGUUUCUUUUUACUGGGAAGAUCAUAAACAAUGAUCAAUUUAGAUUUCGCCAGUAGCUUUUCCAAUUUUUGUUUCAUCCGUUUUCUCUGAGAAGUUAUGUUAGCAUAUUAAGGGGGCAAAACUUCAGUAGUAUUUGAUCGGGAGAUUUUUGAGUGACAGUAGAUGGGAUAUUUUUAUAACAAAAUAGGAAAAGGUUAGAAGUUUGAAUGAUUGGAUUCAAGGACUCUGACCGAAGAAUUUUUUCUAGCCAUUUGUCGGCAAUUUCGACACUUCGCUUUGCUUAACUCCUUGUCUACUAAGUCGCUGCAUUUAGUGUUGACAGGAGCAUUCUAGACACAGAAAGAUCGAUUUUGUAUGGUUGUAGCUUGAUUUAGCACUUGUAUUCUCAUUUUAGUUGUUCUACCACGGUUCCUGAAAGGCGAUGUGGAGAAGUACAGCCGAUGCUUUUUGUCAAUUUGAAGGCUUAUUUCUCCUAUCUCAAUUAAUAGUCGGUUUUUUUCUCUAUUUUGAGCGUUUGGUCAGGUUUUUUGAAGAAAGAGCUUUCUUAAAUUCUAGGUGGCGGUAGCCGCCCCAGCCCAAUCCUAAAAAAACCCCUGAAAAGUUGAUCACCGAAAAAAAAAAAAAAAAUUGGCAGAUUUGUGCCAAUCUUCAAAGAGCAUUAACUGACUUGGCAACCACUCAGAAUGGUAUGAAUUGGCAGAAGAUGCAGAACCAUAAUGAUGAAUAGUACCAAACGGUCUCAUUAUAGUUGAUGAGCAAAGUUAAAAUUUCUAUUCAUCAUGGAAAUGAUGAUGAAAGUGAUCACGAAGACUUCUAAUUGAAAUUACCCUGAAAAGUACCAGUUUAAUAAGGUGAAGAAUAUAGGAUUGAAGCAUUUAAAAGGUUUUUUGCUAGAAUUGCAGCAAUCGCACUUGCCGCAACGUAAUGAAGGUUGUCAAUCCAUGCAAUGCAAUGAUUUAACAAAUUCACCAGUAGGACUUUUAUGCCGGUAAAUCACUACUAAAUGCAAAUAAGUUUGUGUAUUCAUUUUUCUCUGAAUUGAUGGGAGAAAAAUCACUUACAUUUGCACUUCCAGUUCACUUCCAAUUUUUCAAGAAUUAUACUCCAAGAUAAAUUUUCCUUGAAAUGCUUGAAUAUUUUUCCAAAAACAUCCUGUAGCUCCACCGGAAAAAAUGAUGUUGAUUUAACAUUCCGGAUGUAAUAAAGUGUGCAAAAGCUCAUAAAACGUAGAACUAUCCGCUGCAGCGGUUCCUUUAGCAUUGUCAAGAUGUAAAACAAACUGCUGUGGCGGUUAAUUUAGCGUUUUGUGAGUUGUUGCACACUUUUUUACAACAAGAAUGUUAAAUCAGCCUCCUUUUUUUCGGUGUUGUACCUGCGGAACACUUUCAAAUUGCCACCGUUCGAGAAAUGUCAUAUUUAAAGACACUUUUUUAUAUUGGCAUUAGAUAACUGUUAACAAAAAAAAUACGAUAAAAAUGUUAACAUUGGUUAAUUCUCUUAGCUCCAAUAUUUCGAAGAAGUGAAGAGAUAGCUCUGUUUUCAAUGUGAAAAUGCUAUGAAAAGUUUAUUCUUUUGAAUUCGAUUAAUCUUCGUUUAUUCUUUUGAAUUGCAGCAUAGCAUACUUACCAGCGUGUCUUGCACGUUGAGAGAAGCAUUUUUACCUCAUCUUUCCUGUUCUCUUGCUCUUCGGAUUGCAACAUUCUACAACCAUUGCAAGACAUGUUAAAGAUGCCGCCAAUUUUUUUGCAUUUCGCGAUGCCUUCUUUGAUGGUGGGUGAAUUCAGAACGAUUUUAACGUCGAGUUGGAUCGUAUGAUCAAAGCAGCUGAUUUGUCUGAUCCCUAGCAAAUCGAUCGCUUUCUUGAUAUUAGCCCCACUGUCCGUUGCAAAACACGUAUACAUUUCGACUUCUGUAGUUCCCAGGACUCCAGAACUUCCUCGAGAGCGUCGCGAAGCAAAUCGGCUGUGUGUGACUCAUUAAAAUAAUGGUAAGCAAGCCAAACAGCAGCUUUGUUGGUAGAGAUUUUCAUCAAUAAAAUGACCAGUGAGACCUAUGAACUGGUUGCCAUUUGAUGAUGUCCACAAGUCUGUGGUUAGGGCCACGUCGCUUGCUGCCUUUAGCUGUCUGGAAAAUAAAAGAUAGGAGAAUACUUUAAACGUGUAGUUAUACAUACGAGGGUCAUUCGGACCAAAUGACAUGUAAGUACCCACACUGGAAAAAAAAUUACAGGCUAUAUAGACAUUACGUCCCUUCCGGGCUCGGAGGCCGAAAGUUUCAGGUGCUGGAGGCGUAGUACUCCAAUCGAGUCUUGAACAACACUAAACGACCCAUCUCCAAUCUUAAUCAAUUGGCGCUCCACUUCCGAUCUCCGGGACUUGUGGUCUACCGGUCUGUUGAGUGAAAACACAAUUUCAUCCGAAUAUAAACGUUCUGCAGGCUUCAGCCAGCCUUUAUCAACUCCCAACAAUCGGCUCUGCAAGGGGGCCAGUCCUGGCAUUGGAGAGAGAUGUGGGGAAAGUGUGUAAUAGGUUGAUCUAAUUUUUAUCAGCGUUAAGGUUGGGUCUGAGCACGGGAUUUCAUAGCUCGAUGGCAAUAACGUUCUUGUGAGGGCGGCCAUGAAGAUUAGUUCAAUGGUGUUCUCUAAUCUGACUGGGAUAUCUGCAUAACAGACUGCUUGCUCUACAAUGGAUAUACUAAACUCUUGGCAGGCUUUUAGACGCACCCCAUGGCCGGCCGGACACAACAUCCACCCCGGAGCUCCUGUGAUGACCAGAUCUGCAAGCUCUAGGUGUUUUCUCGCGGUUUGUACUAUGGAAGUGCGAACCAUUUGUUCAAGUAAACAUUGGUUCUGCAAAAUAGUUUGCGUUGUUAAGCGGAGUGCUUGCUUUGUGAAGAACUCCUGUCCCGCAAGACCCGCUCUGAGGAGGGUGUUUAUGGACCCUUGGAAGGAGCCUGUUGCACUGGGUAUGGCAAGGCCUGUUGUGUUGCUUAUAUAAAUCAGAGGGUCCGUAGUCUUUUGCACUUCGAGCCCACAUAGCCGUAAGUGUUCUUUCAGAGUGAAGGCUGACAUUUUCUUUUGAAUGACCAGGUCCUGUUUCUGAUAGUCUAUUACUGACCCUGGCCCAGCAUAUAAGACGUUCCAGUUGCACUCUUGGGUGUGUGGAUUGUUGGACAGUACAACUACUCCAUCUAGCGUAGUACUAGACUCCUUUGUCAGGCUCCACUGUAAUGUUGACCCAUCUAGCUGUCGAAGACCCUCCCUAUUUGGCAACUGGGCGUAUUCUCUAACUGUAGCCCAUUCCAGUUCUCCAACUCAAGCGCUUCUGCUCCGCUCAUCUCUCGAACAUCUACAUAUAAUGAAUACACAUACAUAUUAGAACUUAUAAUAAAACACAAAUAAAACACAUAAUAAAACACAAAUAAAACACAUAAUAAAACACAAAUAAAACACAUAAUAAAACACAAAUAAAACACAUAAUAAAACACAAAUAAAACACAUAAUAAAACACAAAUAAAACACAUAAAAAUAUUUCCCUUUUUCUAAAAGAACAAACUUUCUUUUCUUUCCUUUCCAUCACCAAAAAAAACUCUAUAUUCAAAACAACUAUCCUGAGUUGAUAGCUUCUCAUGCUCUUCAUGGCGCUUGCCUGUUUCCUCUCUCCACAAAUCCAUCUUUUUAUGGGAGCUAGAUAGAAAGACUGCAGACUCUUGUACAGGUCCAAAUAGGAUUAGUGCAAGCAUAUUUUUCUCCGUACAGUCUGAAAUCACAAGAUUUAAACAUGUGCCAUACAAUGCACAUAAACUAUUAAGGGGUUCACGUCUUGUAACUUUGCUUAAAGACCAUUGUAUUGUCCCUUCAUGUUGCUGGCGCCAUCAAAGGAGCAGCCCACAACAUCUAUGAGGGAAAGCCCGAAUGGGUUACAUUCUCUUUCGAGCUGAUCAAAAAAAGCUUGACCCAUUGUGUCAUGAGUGACGACUAGAUCUAGAAACCUUUCACAAGCAGUGUCAUCUUUAACGUAUCUUACACAAAUCGCUACUUGCUUCAUUAAUUACAGCGAUAUCUUGGGUGUUAUCUAGGAUUACACUGAAUUCUUUUGCAUCUUUCAGAUCUUUCGAAAUUUUACUUUGGACGUGUGACCCAAUAAUCUUAAUAAGCUUGAGGAGGAACGCUUUGGAAAGGAAAGUGACCUAAGACCUUCGCCCUCUCUUCUUUUUUACUUUGAGUUUUUUCUCUUUACUUUUGUCCUUGGCUUUUUCCCAUAGUCUGGCCUUGGUAACCUGUUUUUGAUCGAACUUAUCCUUCAUCCCGUACUUGAUUCAGUGCUAUUUCUAACAUGCUCUUUCAUUAUUGGGUCAUACCUCACAAGUAACAAAACCUACUCCAAAAAAUUCUCGUGGCUCCUUCCUUGGUCUAAGGAAUAUGCGCCCUCAAAUUUCCCUCUGAAAGCAAGACCUUGUCUAGCUAAAAAUAAAGUUAUUUCAAUAAGUCUUGAGAUAACGUUCCAGUGUAUUUCAAUUUCUUUAGCACGUUUAUCAACGAGAUCUCGAGAAAUUAAAUUUUCGAUACCUUAGGUUUGGCUUCAGUGUUGGUUUUCUUUGAAGAUUUCGACUUGGCUUUCAAAAUUCGACUGCUUUCACUCGCCUCCUUUUGCUUUGCUGACUGUCGUCGAACUCCCUUUUUUUCCAUUUGUUCUAACAGUUUGUCUUUUGUAUCUGGGAAAAUACAAUAAGAAAUGAAAGUUAAAUAAGUGUACUAAACAACUAAAAUGGUAAACUCAAAAAGGUGGUAGUUGCAUCUUUUAGACUUUAGAAAAUUCUUUGAAAUUAAUGGCAAAUAUUAGAUAAAGUGUGUAAUAUUGUGAGAUGGCGUAGCUCAGAAGGGGGUAGAGCUGCGUUGCAAGUGCUAUUGCAGACGCAAGGUGUCGCAAGAGCAAGUGCAGACACGCGUCGCGACGACUGUGCUGACACAGACAGGAUAGACGGGAAGAGGCGAAGACCAAGAAGAAAAUAAAAUCACGAUGACAUAUAAUGUCUAUUGCUACAAGGGCACACAAUUCAUGUACGGUCUGAAUCUGGGUCGAUGGGAUGAGGAGCGGACAAGUGCCGCUCGAUCACCAGUCUCUCCAAGAAUCCGGUGAACCUCUGGAGCCACAGGGAUGAGAAGCGGCCCACGGCCAGCUCGCACGCUGUUUCUUCCUAGUCGCCUUGUCAUGGAGUUUCCAAUUUUUGCGGCGCUCAUGAGCUAUCUUGCUCUGGCAGAUCGAGCUGGACGAUUAACUCGUCUGUUAAGUGCGGCAUGUUUGUUUUGGCUCGACAAUGGUGUGACACCCUGUGGCACAUAACGUUCAGAAAUUCCAGGAGGCUACAUGUGCCUCUUGCAAAUGCACGCUGUUUCUUCCCAGUCGCCUUGUGAUGGAGUUUCCAAUUUUUGAGGCGCUCAUGAGCUAUCUUGCUCUGGCAGAUCGAGCUGGACGAUUAACUCGUCUGUCAAGUGCGGCAUGUUUGUUUCGGCUCGACAGUGGUGUGGCACCCUGUGGCACAUAACGUUCAGAAAUUCCAGGAGGCUACAUGUGCCUCUUGCAAAUGCACGCUGUUUCUUCCUAGUCGCCUUGUCAUGGAGUUCCCAAUUUUUGCGGCACUCAUGAGCUAUCUUGCUCUGGCAGAUCAAGCUGGACGAUUAACUCGUCUGUCAAGUGCGGCAUGUUUGUUUCGGCUCGACAAUGGUGUGACACCCUGUGGCACAUAACGUUCAGAAAUUCCAGGAGGCUACAUGUGCCUCUUGCAAAUGCACGCUGUUUCUUCCCAGUCGCCUUGUCAUGGAGUUUCCAAUUUUUGCGGCGCUCAUGAGCUAUCUUGCUCUGGCAGAUCGAGCUGGACGAUUAACUCGUCUGUUAAGUGCGGCAUGUUUGUUUCGGCUCGACAAUGGUGUGGCACUCUGUGGCACAUAACGUUCAGAAAUUCCAGGAGGCUACAUGUGCCUCUUGCAAAUGCACGCUGUUUCUUCCCAGUCGCCUUGUCAUGGAGUUUCCAAUUUUUGCGGUGCUCAUGAGCUAUCUUGCUCUGGCAGAUCGAGCUGGACGAUUAACUCGUCUGUUAAGUGCGGCAUGUUUGUUUCGGCUCGACAAUGGUGUGGCACCCUGUGGCACAUAACGUUCAGAAAUUCCAGGAGGCUACAUGUGCCUCUUGCAAAUGCACGCUGUUUCUUCCUAGUCGCCUUGUCAUGGAGUUCCCAAUUUUUGCGGCGCUCUGGAGUGAAGAGAGUCCCGUCUUGCAGCGACUCAAAAUCGGAGGCUUCCUCCCGAAACAAGUCUAACAAGCAAGCUGAAAAAUUGUAUAAAAAAGAGAUUGAAACACAAAGGCGGAUGAAAACGAAAGGUGUCCAUCUGGGAAACCAUCUCCAACAUAAGUUUGAUAAAACUUCUGCUGGUGCUCAAACCAACCUAUGCCUGUUGAAAGGGACAACAGAGGGGCGAAGGUCUGCGAAUAAGAUGAAAUCUUAUCCUGAAGAGUGACAUCGAUAUAAGCAUCGUGGAAAUCCACGGGCUUGACGGCGUUAGUGCAAGGAGCACCAUCUUGCUGACGAGCAAGACGAACACUCAUUUGUGCAAGACAUGCACGAUAUGCUUGAAAUAUUGAACAUAUAUUCGGCACCUUUGCAGGCUGCUCAGAGAGCAGUCUAUUGUAGCAACAGGCUACAAUGGCACCAACGCCACGAGUGCUUACAGAUAACCACUCGGGAACCUUACUAACAACAGGGUUAUCGAUCUUGAUCUUGGGGAGAUCAUGAACCUGCCACUUCUUCUCCAUGCCAACCCGACCACAGGUAGCAUUCGGACCCUUGAGGAAAGCCUCAUUAACCUUAACCGUAUAUUCGUCUUGACGACGAUUUCGGGCGCCUCUGCCGCCACGGCCUGACCGGCCGCCACGGAACACCUUGGGAGGUGGUUUCGACACUGUAUCAACAGCAUCUUCCUUUGUAACAGACAUAGUGAGUACGACAAAAUUUUGUUGAGAAAGAGGCGAAAGCACACAGUGUCUCAGACAACUUCGCUGAGGGCAGCGAAAAUCGCUAGAUAAAUACAAUCGUUAAAUGUCUUGCAUACAGUUUUAGUGAUAUAGUCAGACUGAGACAAACAACAUUUAUGGUUUCAAUGAACAAAUUCUUGGGUUUUCCUUGGAUGGGAUUUUUUUCUCUUCCAAAAAAAAUUUACACCAGUUCUGAAAUGCUUCCGUCGCAGGGGCAAAAUAAUUUUAAAUUGUAGCCAAGUGAUGAUAAUAUCUAGUGUAGCUAGUUUUUGCACUAUAUUAGAAUAACAAACUCUGGCCAUCAAAAACAGUGCCCCUAAUGAUCUGCAUGAGGAAACUUAUCUCGCUUUUCUUCUGAUAGCUUUAUCAUGUAGCUUCCAGUGCUGGACAAUUAGUUUGUCCGUUUAUGGGGGCAUAUUUGUCUCUGCUCUGCAAUAUUGAAAUUUCUGCUCUGAAAUUUUUAAAUUUAUAGGACUAGGAAAUUAAGGAGACAUAUUUUUAAUAGACUUCAUUUGUAUUAUGAUAACAUAUAUGAUAACACAACAUAUAUGUACGUAAGGAAGGCACUUGGUAAUGGAGACAUGGUUGACCUGACAUUCUUCUAUUUUUUUAAAAAAUAUUCACCUCUCCUCUUCUUUUUUUCUUCAAAAACAUGCUGUGCUAUUUACGUAAAGACAUCAUGCUUACAUUUCUAACUCUGCAGCCAGUCUUACAAUCUCCUCUUCGAAUUCAACUGGAACCUUUUUCAGUUUUUUUUCUAAUUCUCCUGAUAUAUAUUUGUGAUAGCAGCUGUUUGCUGCGCAAAUUACUCUAUAUGCCAUAUCAUCUAUGUUUACGACUAAAUAUCCGUACGGGUAUUCUAAUUUUUGUUUUUUAUAAUGAAUUUUUGAUAUUCUGGGACAAAUAAAUUCAUGGCCCGCUAUUCCAAGCCAAAGCGAAUUUGUCUCUGCAUCCCAUUCUUUGGUUAGAGCUACUUUUCCUGUUACUUGGAAGCAAAAUUUGUCCACUGAUUCAUUUUGAAGUUUCAUGUUGAUCCUGUAACAGAGAAACUUAUAAUUAAUUUUCUAAUCAUCAAAUCUUUUUUGUCAAUUUUUCAUCUAUACUCUUAACUCAUUUAUUUUUCAAGUUUUUUUGCAGUGACCUAACCAUCAUAUUUUGGCGAAGUAUCAGUUUUGCCUUUUGUUUCGAGGUGUUGUUGACUCAGUGCGACGUCUUUGAUGACUGAGGAUAAAAGUGUAUCAUAAAUCUUUACACUUAAAUCCAAAAGCAAGACGCGGAAAAGGCGACAUCUCAUCAUGUAAUACUAAGGUUGAGAUUGAUUUUCGUCUCUAAAGUUAAUAAUCAUAUUUGUUGAUAAGAAUCUUCAAUUGUCCUGGCUAGGGUUCGCGUAUGGUUUGAAGAAGGUGGCAAUGGCCAUAUUAUUUUGUUGCAAGGUGUUGGAGACCUCUUUGGGACGUAAUAUUUUUGCUAAACUCGCAAAACUCUUUACAGGUUCAUUUCCUCAAUAUACCUAAUUUAGCACUCCUUAUUUUUGUAGCAACCGAAGUAAAUUGUGUUUAUAAUGUAGUAAAUAUUCAGUGACUGCUUGUUAACCUACCAACGGAUUCCAGAAGAUUUGGAGGGAUCAUAGGGGUUGAUGCUCCCAGGGGUGCGACUGUUGGGCGAAUCGCAGAUGAUUGUGCUUCAUUCGGUGGUGUACGCAAUGGAGAACAUCUGCCAUGCGGGUGUGUUGAUUUCACUGGCGAUGUAAUAGUUGAAGGUGGACCUUGAGUCCCUCUCACACUCGCCUCUUGUGUCCCAGACGCUUCUUGUGUCCCAGACGCUUCAUCUUCUUCGGGUUCGACGACGACCUCGUCUUCAAUCCGUUCUCGGCAUCCACCGCAUCGUCGUAAUCGUUCCGUGAUAUCUCGGUACAUAGUUCUCGUUGCGAUUUCACCUCUGGGUCUGGGCGGUUGUAUCUUUGCAGGGAUCCGACCUUUUCCGUGCGUUAAUUGAUAACCGGGGUCAGUUUUCUGGUAUAGCAUAUCCUUUUGGGAGAUGUUAUGUCUGAUAAUCUGGACUUUCUUUCCUUCUACCAGGCCUGUGAAUAUACGGGGGUGCCAUUUUUUCGAGUUAUUUGCGAGAUAAUACAGGGUAAUUGGUGGCCGAAGGUUUUUCCUGGCCCAUGAAAUUAAUCUCAUCAUCGCCUGCAACAAAAAACGAUUACAUGUAUAGUAUGAACAAUUAUAAUUAUUUCUCGUAGUAUAAGAGUCUUAAUGGCCCGUAAAAAACUUCAUCAUUUUGGGUCUCAUAGAACAAUGUUUGGGACAUACUUUAUGAAAUUGAAUGUAUGCGUAAUUAGAUCCUUACCCUAUAGACGAAGCCUUGCUCGCACGUAGACGACUCGCCGUCACUAACACAUAUAUAUAAGCGCUCAUCGUCAAAUAGAGCAUCUCCUGGUCUUGCUCGUUGCAGUUUGGGCGCUAUUUCGUCGAGCACGGUAACUGGAAACAUGACGGAGAGCUGAAGUUGGAGGGACGCGCACCGCAUAAGCUUCGAAUUGUAGAAAACGACGUGCCAAUCUGUGACAUUGGUGAACGUGCGCAGCGACGUUGCGUUAGCUUGGGGAACGUGUAUCGUGGCCAGGCUCCCGUCGACGUUGUGCUUUUCAUAUUCGUAUCUGUAACAAAAAAGGUUCUUAUUCAGUAACAAAAUACUUCUUCCUGAGAGUCAUAAGAAUCAUACUUAAUGAAUUUGGGUCUUUGAAUUUUGUAGAUCCGAGUCAAUGAAUAUUGUGGAUCCUCGUCCUGGGCAUCGAGAACGUUUUAUAUAUUUAUUGCAAAAUAUUUAAAUAUAGUUUUUGUUUUGGUUUUUUUUUUCUCUUUAAGUCGAAAAAAAUAAAUGUCUUAAAGAUAAGGAAGCAGGAUUACUGAUUAAUUUUAAAAAAAGUAUUAAGAAAUAGGAAUCUGAAUGUAAAUGGGAAAGUGAUCAGAGUAAUAGGAGGUAAAACGGUUUGCAUGAAGUGAUGAUAAGUUUGUAUAAAUUGUGUCCAAAUGAGAACCAUGGAUUGUUGUGUUCAUACCGACCGGUAAUACAGAUUGUAGAGAAAAGGGUUGAAAAAGAGAAUCUAAAACAGACUUUUUUGCACUAUCUUUGAGGUUUAAAUUAAAAUCACCAAUUACAACUAGUUGACUGUUUUUGGGUAUAAGAGGAAAUAAUUUUUGGAAAUUAAACUUAAUUAAACACAAACGAUACUUAGGAGAAAUAUAACCCGUUAUUAAAUAAAUUCCCUGAACAAAAAUCAACACUAAACAUAUUUUUUUGCCAUUACGUUCUGAACAUCGGGUCGCCAAAAUGGUAAAGUCAACUUUAGAAAAACAAAUAACCGAGUCAAAAUUCACUUGUUCACUACAUUUUAAUCGAAAAGAUUUCUUCAUUCCAGGGAGAGAAACUUCUUGCCCAUCUUUAACAUUGCUUUCUCCAAUAAAUAUUAAGUCAUGAUUUUCAUAUAGGGGAUCAUUUAUGAUGUUUUUUCUCUUAGACAAUAAACUUAUUACAUUAUGAUAAUAAAUAGUAAAAUGGUUGGUUAAAUAGCCAUGGUACAAAGGUAAUUUUAAAGAUGCUUCAUUUCUUAAUCGAUUCAAUUCAUUCUGAAGUUCCAUAUUUUUUACGCUAUCAGACAAACUUAAUUCUCCUACUAAAAACAAAUUUUGUAGUGGCUACAUAUAGCUAUUUAUAGGGCUACAUAUAAAAGUUGAGUACUAUAUUUUUGUUUUUCCUUAAGAUUUAAACAGACAUUGCGAAAGGUAGAUCCUUGAGAUGAAUGGACAGUCAUUGCUUCUGCUGGCACUAUUGGAAAUUGACAUCUCACACGAGAUGAGGAAGAUGACUUGAAAUUAAUUUUAGAUUUUAUUUUGAAUAUGGGAACCGUAUGACUUAAUUUAUUAGAAAGGACAGGCUUAAAUUUUUGGGCUAGGAGUUUCCCUACCCUAUCUUCAUCAAAUUUAAGAAAGCAAAUAUCUACUACAUUUUUAUUUUCUUUAAAAUCAAUCAAUGUGGCCAUGGUACCAUUGGCUAAACCAUCAUUUACAUCUAAAUUAGAGCUUAACAUAUAACGCCCUGUCUCUUUUAAUAUUAAUUUACUUUUCAAUCCAUUACAAUCUUUAUAAGAUUGCUUCAUCAAUUUUUGACACAAAACUUUUUUUUGACACUCGGACAUUAUAUCUGAAAACGUAUCUUCCGCUAGACUAAUUAAACUUUUUCCUUUUUUAUUAUUUAGAACGGUUUCGUUGCAAUCAUCUACAUCUUUAUUUGUAUAAAAAAGGUGACAACAAUCUUCAGGAAUUUCAUUUGAUUUAUUCUCAAAAUUUCCAGAAUUUAACAAUUUUAAGUCGUUAAGAGUAAGGUUACCCUCGGCAAAAUUACAUAGAGCAUCAAUGAAGGGUAAAUCGUCUUUUUGACGCAUUACCGUUUUUAACUCAUAAAAUUUAAAAUUUUUCCAGUUUAGCAUUACACUUAAAUAUUCCAGUCUACUGGCUUUACAGGCAAACACGGGUGAGUCCAUUACAGGCGGGAGUUGGCGCAAAUCGCCGACUACUAAUACAGAUUUGUUGGCAAAAAAAUUUGGAAUCCCGAAUAUUUGUUGCAAUCGAUUAUUCAUAAGGGUAAAAAGCCUUUGGCCUAACAUACCAAUUUCAUCUAUUAACACUAAUUUAACAUUUUGCAUUGCUAGUCUUAUGGAACUUACAGUUUGAGAGGAUAUAGCUGGUAUUGUUGUGCUAUUUGUCUUUGGAAUAGAUAAACAUCGAUGAAUUGUAUUGCCAUUUAUAAUAAAAGCUGCCUUACCAGUGGGAGCCAUAACUAAAACACUGGGAAACUCGGCCUGACUUUUAAAAACACUUUGUUGAUGACUGGUAAAAACAUGUUCUGUUAUGAAAAUUACAGCAUGAACAGUAUGACUUUUUCCAGUACCUGCGCAGCCUGAUAAAAAAUAAUGAAACGGUUCUUCUGGGAAAUUUAAAAAAUUGUCAAAAAUUUGUAAGACAAACAUUUUUUGCUCUUCAUUUAAAGAAUUAAUUACGUUAGAUAUAUCGGGUAAAUAUUCAAUUUUGGGUAAUGAAUAGCUAUUAGUGAUGUUUACAUUUGACUGUUCUAAUUGAGGUUGUUCAAAAUUUUUGAAUUGAUCUAACAAAUCCAUGAUUUCAUUACUCUCUGAAUCAUUAUCAUCUACAUCUUCUUCAUUAUCUGAGAGGCAAAGAAUGUUAUGAGAUUCUAAGACAGUGUCGGCAUAGGCGUUUUUUCGGCCAAAAUCAAAAUUGUAACGGAGUUGAUUUUGAAGUAUCAUUUGAUAAUUUUCUGGUUUAUAAAAUUUUUCUUCCAUGUUAAUAUUUAAUACUUCACUAGUUUCAUUACGCCAAGGAAGAAAUAACAGCAACUGUUCUCGGUAGUAUUCCUGAGGAUCAAUUUCUUUCUUAUAAUUACAAUACCGUAUAAUUUUAGGCUUUUCUCUGAAACAAGCAUCAAGAGGGGGUAGUGACUUGUCAGAAACUUCAAAGGUCUUAAAUUUAUCCUUAACUAGUGUUCAGAGGAACAGCCUGAGGAGUAUUUAUCAAGCUGUUGCAAAAAAUGUAUUUGAUCUGUCCGAUUCUUCGCCAGUCGUGAAUGAUAUUAGGAACACAACUAAAAUUUUUACUUUGUCUCGUAAUAAAAUGUACCGUGAGUCUCGAAAAAGUGAAGACAGAAUUAGCUAAAGAGUGGGACACAAUCGAUGUUGUGUCGAUGAAAAAGCAUUUUAGUCAGGGGGCAUGUGUCGUCCAUCGUCCACGUUUGGGAUGAAAGUUACCACCAUGUUCAUCAUUACAAAAAAAUGAAGGGAAAAUUAUAAAUGUUAAGCAACCUUGUAUGAUAGAAUGGAUUACAACACCAGUUCUGAAAUGCUUCUGUCGCAGAAGCAAAAUAAUUUUAAAGUGUAGCCAAGUGACGAUAAUAUCUAGUGUAGCUAGUUUUUGCACUAUGUUAGAAUUACAAACUCUGGUCAUCAAUAACAGUGCCCCCAAUGAUCUGCAUGAGGAAACUAUUCUUUUCUCUAAAUAUUAGGAGCCCAAUUAAUAUAAAAGCCCUACAAGGUUAUUCCUCUAGGCACAUAUUUCCCAUUGGUUUUCCUGUAACAAGUUUUGCAAUUUUAUAGAUGUUGGGUCUAAUUACAAAAAAUAGUGCUACAACCACUAGGCACAUCAACUUGUCAAGUCUUUGAUUUCGAAGCUUCUAUCUGUUUACUGUAUUUAUUCAUUCUAAGUACCAAGCAAAACAGUGUAACCACUCACUACGUAAGUUCCAUAUGUUAGGGCGUUCACAGUCCAGUGUGCCGUUUUCCUCUCUGCAGAAGGCUAAUUUGAUCUUUUUGCUACUAGGGUAUAUAGAUCUACACAAUUCUAGAAAUCUAAAUCUAGAAAAUAUGAGCAAGCAAACAUGAGUAUGUGAAUAUGAGUCAAAGCAGCUACUUAGGCUCAGGGUUUGUUACAAGGUGCGUUAUCUUGAAUGUACAUGUCAAUAGUGAGUCUGCAUAACUGCGUAUCGAGUUUGCCGUAUUUAAAACUUUCAAUGCAGGCAUGCGUUUUUACAUUAUCACCGACAAUGUGUAAUUUUCAAUAGGGAUCCUUUGGAGAUCUAAAAUCACAGAUGCAAGAUAGAUUUAAUAAAGAUAGUUUAUUUUGUGUAAGAAAAUAUCACCCUUUAAUGAAAAUCAUUUGUUUUGUAUAACCUGUUAGUGAUGAUGUAACACAUUUUAUCUGUACUCAGGAAAAAUUCUUAGGUCACAUAAGUGCAAUUUAUUGAUUCACUGAGAGUUCCAAUGCAUGAACUCGAUUAAUUAUGAUUUUAGCAAAAUUUUCAAAGAGCUCCAUGCUUGCUCCCCAAAUAUGAUCUGUAAUUAAUUUAUUUUACUUGAAAUUUCCAGUGAAUAUAGUAAUCAAGUUAUGAUUCUCCAAAAAUCCAGACAGCAGUUUUAAACAACGCUUGUUUCUAAAGUAAACUUUGCCAAAAGUUGAUUCAAUUUUCAAUCAGCGUAAAUUAUCUGAAGGUGGAAGACUCAGUGUAGUUCUUGAAUCUUGGACCUGUUUUUAUGAUAGUCUCAAAAUUGCUACUUACCCUCUUCAUUUACUGGAGACAGCAACCUUUUCCAGUGAUUUUUGCCGAUUGGUAUGAACCAACCUAAACUUGGAAACCUUGCUAAACUUGGAAUUAAUUGCAUUCUUUGGUUCUGCUACAUUGCAAACAUCCCAGCAUACUUAAUCUUUCAGCCAGGAAAAUUAUCCUCUGGAUUGCUCGAAAAGUUCAGUGAUUUUUCUCACUUUGAAAAUAUUUGGUGAAAUUUUCAAGGAACUAAGCAGCUCGUUUUCCUUCAAAAAAAUAAAAUAAGAGUAGACAUUUAUAAACACCAGAACAGAUCUGCUGUUUCCAAGAUUAACCAUCAAUAUGAUUAUGACAUUGUUAGAUUAUAUUUUAUGUUGUAAGGCCUUCACUUUUGUCUUGUCUCCCUAAACUCUAUUUUUAUUUUAAUGUGCUUGUAAACUAUGAAAAUUGUACUUUUCUAAUGUUUUAACUCUUGUGCCUUAAAUGAACUUUUUUAUAAUAAAAAGAUAUGACCUAGUAUGAA